CAGACUGUAACAUGGCACAGUGGGACAGCUGUAAUGGAGUUAGUUUACUUCAAGACAUGAGAUCAGAACAAGACGUAUCAUCACAAAAGUCUUUAAUUUAUGACAAUUCAGCACAGCAUGAUGAAGUUAUAAGAAAACUGAAAAAACUCAAACUGGGUAUAAUCAUCCUUUAUGGGCUUCUUCUUACUGUUUUGAUUGGCAUGAUUGUGAUCAUGUCAAAGACAGGUUACCCUCCCUUUUCUGAAAGGAAUUCUUCGGAAGGUAACGUUGUGUCUUACUCAAAAGCUGAGAAAAAUGAAGAUGUCACACAACAAACAACAUCUCCAGAUGUUGAAACUACAGAAAGAAACAUAACUUAUCUUCAUGAGCUCGUCCAUGGAUAUGCUACUUUUCUGAAUGAACUUGCUGGUAGAGUGUAUCAAUUAGAAGGUGACAGGAACAAAGUCAUAAUAAACUCAAAACUGAUUAAUGACACUUUAAAUACUGUGAACUCCAGACUCCAAAAUAUAAUGGAAGUGAGUGAAAAAAAGAUACAAGAUGCUGUGAUCUCUGUUAAUUCCCUAGUUUAUACUAUGGAAGAGCAUAAGCAGUACAUUGAAAAGCUACAGAAUGUUUCCAGAGAAACAAAAGAUGGUAUCAGCAUCAUUUGGCAGAGCAUGAAUGCAGUAAACCAGAGCUGCAGGGAGGAUAUAUUUACACAGCAACAGGUCUUCAUGAAAUUGAAACUGCAAUUACACAAUCUGUCAGUGAACUCUGAGUCCUUGAGAGAAAAACAUACUAACUUGGAGAAAGAGAUAAAAAAGGAAAUGGAGGCAUUGAAUAAUAUCACAAAUGACCUUCAUCUUAAAGACUGGGAACAUUCGACAGCUCUGAAAAACAUUACUGUUUUGCAAGGUCCCCCUGGCCCAAAAGGAGAUAAAGGUGACAAAGGUGACAAAGGAAUUAAUGGGCAAGAUGGGAACACAGGAAAGUCAGGUUUUCCAGGACUCCCGGGUCCUAGAGGACACCCUGGAGAAAAGGGUGAUAAAGGAGACAUGGGACAGCCAGGCUCCCAAGGAUAUACAGGAACAUCAGGUCAAAAGGGUGAAAAAGGUGACAAAGGUGAAAAAGGAGAGCAGGCACCAUCCUCUGUUCCUGCUGUUAUCCGGCUAGUAGGAGGAGCUGGUUCAUAUGAAGGCAGAGUUGAAGUAUUUCACAAUGGCAAGUGGGGGACAGUCUGUGAUGACCAUUGGGACUUACUGGAUGGAAUGGUGGUUUGCAAAAUGUUGGGAUUUAAAGGAACUCGCAGAGUCCUCACAAGUGGUCCAGUAUUUGGAACAGGCACUGGGGAUAUCUUGAUGGAUGACGUGGCUUGUACUGGCAGAGAGACUUCCAUCUUUGAUUGCAUUUUCAAGGGAUGGGGAACAACUAAUUGCAACCAUUCAGAAGAUGCAGCAGUAAUGUGUGCAACAUGAUAAGGAAUAAACUGUUUGAAUAUUUGUACAGGCAAUUCAUUACAAAAAGGAUUUACUUUCAUAACAAAUGUAGAGCUAUACAAGAAAAUGGAAAAAUCAGUCCUAACUGUGAUUAGCUGAGAGAUAUUGAUAUUUAGUGCUUUACAUCACUCUGUUUGCAGUCAUGUUUAAGUUUUUUUACUAGUAUCUUUACAGAAGAUUUGUACUUGUUCAAUACCUGAUUCUGAAAUGUGUGUUAAAUUAUUUUAAUUUACACUACACAUUACAGAAAUGCACAUGUCAACAACAUAUCAGCUUGCCUUAUUUUUCACAUUGAAUUAUGUAUGAAAAUCAUUUAAAAUAUAUGUUUAAUAUGGUUGUUAGAUACCUGAAGCAGAGAAUGCGUACAUUGGUGAAUUUAAUGUACAAUAAGAUUGGAUAUACGGACAUAAAGUAAAAAAUUAAAAGACUUUUGUAAAAUAGGAAUUUAUUAGCCAUUAUUAUGCAAGCAUAAUCGUGUAAUGAAUUCAAAGCCAUGCAGUACUGCCAAGGCAUUAAUUACAUUUAUUUUUUUCCUCAUAAUUUUGACUGUAGCUAUUAACUCACAAUGCAAAUAAACUAACAACUGUGACUGUA